AUGCCUUCAUCAAGCUCCAAGUCCAAACCAAAGCCCUCCGAGGUUGCUUCCGAAGCCAAGCGGGUUUACAUCCCCAUCAUCCGGGACAGAUACGCAUCGAUGUGGGAGACCAGCUCAUACAUCUACCUUCAGCCCUUGCUUCAGAUCAACUUUAUCGAGCGACCGCUUGAUCUGUCACCCCCAAUGUUUUAUGUCUUCAGCGGAGACCCGGUGAACACUGCAAUGGAUUGGGCAACCACGGCAGGGUGUGCCAUACCCUUCAUCUGCGCAGCCAACGACAAGCGCCCCGGCGGAGACUGGGAAACCGGUGUGGUAGGCUACGAAGAGCGGUUAUGCCGCCGCAGCACCCUUGCGGCGUGUCUGGCAAAACCAGCAGACGGCUCAGCCAGCCACUACCCGCUUCCGAUGUGCGCCGGAGUCCUGUCACAGCACGUGGUCGUGUUCCGCGGGCCACACGACAGAUAUGAAAAGCUGCCUGAGGAACAGUGGCGGGCACUGCCUGUGGUGUCGGUCCCUCCGCCACGCUGGCCCAAGCUGACGCAGCACGGCACCAAGUAUUCGUUUGCGGACGAGCGUGAGAUGGUCAAGGAGAAGCUGCGCGGCGCACUCCGCAUCUGUGCGUAUAACAACUUUGGCACCGUGGUGGUAGGGGACUUUGGACUCGGCAACGGCUAUCGCAAUCCGCCCCAGGAGCUGGCCGAACUUUGGCGGGAGGUAUGCCUCUAUGAUCCUGACCUUCGCGGCCGCAUCCGCUGUGUGGCGUUCGUGUUUGAGGACCCCAGCCAGAGCACGACGCAGUUGAUCCUCGACGACAUUGCGAAGAAGGCCAAGGGAAGCAGCGGCAGCGGCAGCUCGUCGAGCAGGUCCAAGUCAAAGGGCAGCUCGAGCUCAAGUUCCUCGUCUGGCAACUCGCCCACUGACCUCGAGAUUUUCUCGAGGGUCUUCGACAAUACGGAAAUCCAAAGGUUCGUCGCGCAGCCGGACGCGAGAUACGGCCUAAACAACUUGCUCGCUUGA